CUGCAUAAAAUAAGAAUACUAUAAGUAAGAAUAAUGAUUUUAUAUUUACAGUUAAAAUAACUUCGAGUGCAAAGGGUAGCUCGAAAGAACAAGCGGAACGUUCAGGGGUGGCAGAGACAGCGAUUGCCGCGGAGUGACGAGACGUGACGUGACGAGACGAGACUCGAGGAUCGCGAGAGGCUGGAUCGAGCCGCACAGUAGGAGGAUCCGCGAAUUCCGGUUUUCGUCUCAGAAGCAGACGUAACAUGGAAGGGAUGUACUCUGGACCUUCCGUGUGUAUAAAAGUCUUUCGCAUCGAGGCGAAACGGACGGUGUGCGAUCGUUGUUGGCACCGCUUCUAUCCGCAAAGAUGAGAUCCGCGUUUCUCCUGAUCCUCGUAAUCGCGGCUCUGUCGGCGGUCUACGGCCACACGGCGUCCUCGACUUCGCCCGAGAAUGGCGAGCUCGCGGUUCCGCGAGAAAACUUCGCAAUCAAAGGACAGCUUGUUCGCCAAAGGAGGUCUCCGUUGGGUAAAUUGGCGCUUCUCGGCGGAGCGGCCCUCCUUGGAAAGAAGGCCCUUUUAGUGGGCGGUGCGGCGGUCGGGACCAAAGCUUUGAUCGGCGCCGGAAUUGGCGCCGGGAUCGUCGGCGCGGGCUUGUACAAGGCUAAAUAUUACGGAGGCGGUUACGGAGGCGGUUACGGAGGCGGUUACGGAGGCAGCUACGGAAGUAGUUACAGUACCCAAUUUUCGGAUCACCAUUACGGAUGGCGUCGAUGAUCGAGGAAAUUCGUUGGACCCCGAGGGUGAACGUCGACGGAGGAUUCGUUCGUUCGACGUCGUCGAACGCGUCGAUUUAAAGCCUAUUUAAUAAAGACGAUCAUUUUCGAGAAAGAA